AUGACCUCGGUUUCGGAGCGACUGGUGUUGCAGCUGGUGAAAUUGCACCAGCGUGAGGAGGAGGUGGAGGGAGAGCGGGCGCUCCUGCGUGAGCGGGAGCAGCUCAAGGCCUCCUUGCAGGAACGGCUAGCGCAGAUGCAGGAGCAGCUUCAGAAGGUGGAGUCUGUGCGCUCAACGCUGGAGGGACUUAAUCAGGCUGAAGAGCAAAAGUAUGAGCAGGCACGGAAGGAUGAUGAGAAGGAGCGGGAGAGGCUUUCGGAAAGCCUUCGCGUCGCCAUUGAAACCGUGAACGCGUACUCGGAGGAGGUGCUGCAGCUGGAGGCGAAGUCGCAGCAUGAGAACACCUCCCUGAAGGAGCAAUUGGAAAUUUAUGUCAAGUACCACUCCACCGGAGAGGGCAAGUAUAGGGAGAUCAUGCAGGCCCGCGAGGCGGAGUACGCAAAGAUUGAGUCCAAGCGGGAUGCGGACGCAGCACGGAAGCCAGAGCUGGAGAAGGAGUUGGCGGAGGAAAGAGAAAGAUUGGAAGUGGCCCGCACUGAGCACGCGGAGCUGCAGGAUAAGGUGAAUGGGUGGCUGACGCAUCUGUCAGGUAUUCAAGAGCGCCUGUUGAAGGCGCGGGGGUCUUUCGAAAGCGCCAAGAGUGAGAAGGAGCGUCAGCUGCGGCGAAUUUACGCGCUGGAGAGUGAUAGACAACAUGUGAUGGCGAGGGCUGAGAAGAGCAAGGCCGAACGUGAUAAGGAGCACGCGAAGGUGAUGCUUCUUGAGGAGAAGAUAAACACCCAGAAGAAGCAGACAGAGAAGAUACUGGCAGUGGUGGCAAUGCUGCUGGAUGGCAAGAGCGAGGAGAACCAAGAGGUGAACGAAAGAAAUUAG